GAGAGAUGCUAGUGCGAGACUAGUAGAGUCAAGAGUGCAGUGUGUUCGAAGAUGGCGGACUGCGUGUUGGUGGAGAGGUCGUCAGUUUGUGAGGAUGUUCUUGUGAAUGGAAACGAUAUUUUGCUUGGUAGUGCAAGUGAAGACAGUAGUAAUACUAUAGAUAGUGUUAAAUCCGGUUUCUUUGUUUUGAGUGAAAGUGACGCUUUGUGUUCAAAUUUCCAGUUAAAUGGCGUUAAGUUAGGAAGCUGUUCGGGACUGGAUGGUCGUGUGAUGGGUUCGGACACUGAGGAAUUUACGGCUGCACUCAAAUCAAUUGGUGAAGAAAAUGGUCAUAACUGUAGAAAGAAACGCUGUGCUGAUCGCUACGAUAGCUCUGAAAGCUCAGACAGUGGAGUCGCUACUCUCAGCUGCACCGACUGUUCUGGCAGCUCCAGUGGGACCAGUGACAUCACCGAGCCCGGUUCUCCCUUCAGUACCUCGAGCCACUCGGAGAGUGACCCGGAGACCUGCUCCCCAGGCAAGAUGCCUCCGACACAGUCUGCGGACACAACUGCGUGGCCGUGGUCUGCCGAGGAGAGAGACCGUGGGCCUCCGCACACCCCCCGUUAUUUCCUCACGACCCCCGCCACCAAGCGUGUCAAUAACAAUACCCUGGAGGAUUGUGUUCGCAGCAAGUGUUGUAAAGUCAGUUUGCAGCAAGGGAAGAUUACGGAGUACUUUAAAGCUCAACUCAAGCCACAAAAAAAGUGUGAUACAAAAAUUCAGCUUAGUAGUUGUGACGUGGCACACAAGAAAUUGGCUGUACAUAUCUCAGGGACUGUUGUGCCUGUUGCCACUAAGUUACCCUUAGUCUUCCAACAACAGAAAACCACUUUAAAAUCCGAACUGGCGAACAAGGUCGCGGAUAACAGUGUCGUCACAAAAGUCAAUAGAGUCACACCCCCUCCACUUCUCCUUAGGAAAUCCCUUAAUUCUAGCCACGAACUCUCCCCUGUACCAGUUACCCCGGUGUUUAGGAAACCGAACUCUGUCCUGAAAUGUUCUUCUCUUCCCUGUGCUCCUGAAGUUAGUGUCUUAGUACCUAAACCAAAGACUCCAUCUGUGGAUAGCGCUCAACACACAGCAUGUUCUACACCAAACCCUCCUUCUCCGUCAAAUACCACUACAUCGCCUUUGUCAGUGUCAACUAGUGAACAUUGUUCGGAUAAACCUUCGUUGCCUUCUCCUAUUCUAAGGACUCCAAGUGUGAUUCGAUUUCCCGCUCGGAACGGUUGGAAAGGCCACUUUCUGUCAGACAUCGUUUGCAGAUGGUCCGAGUGUGAAGAAUACUUUAGUACAACAUCAGCUCUCCUAGAACAUUUGCAGGCAAAGCAUGUGAACACCCAGUCGCUGAGUGAGACGUUUGUCUGCCUAUGGAACGGUUGCAAGGUGUACGAUCGUGCUUCGUGUUCCCGUUCGUGGCUGGAGAGGCAUGUUCUCAGUCACGGAGGCAACAAGCCCUUCCGCUGUAUUGUGGAUGGUUGUGGGCAGCGGUUCAGCUCCCAGAUAAUGUUGGAGCGACAUGUGAAUCAACAUUUCAACCAGACUGAGAACAGCAGCAGUAGCGGAGCCAGCAGCAAACGGAAUUUGGAGUCUACUCCCAACAAACUGUUCAGAAGAAAUGGAAAAAAGCUUCGUUAUAGAAGACAACCAUUUUCAGCUCGUAUGUUUGACUACAUAGACACUGGGAUCAUGGAAGGUGUGCAGCACUCGCUACUGACGGUCGCCAAGCGUCAAGCUCUCGGACAGCUCGACUCUUGCUCCAGCAAGUCUCUCACUUUACACAGCAAGGUCAGUAGGACUCACUAUAGUACACAGCUACACCGGUUAGAGGAGCACAGGUCUCACAAACUCGCCUUUGUCAACCCUCCCUCGUCCACUUCCCAUUUGUUAUCUAAUAGUUUUAUGAAUAGUGAAGAUAGUCUUUCUGACUCGUUUCUUAUAAUUAUCUCUGGGGCCUAUUUCGUAAAAGUACUAGUACUGAUGUGGGUUUUAUUAUUUUUUAAGGCUCUUUUUGCUUUGUCUUGUGAUACUUGACACAAUCUAGAUGUACGUCACAGUCUAUGAGAGAUUUUCCCAUUAUAAGGGUUCAACUUCAUGUCACAAAUGUAAAAAUUUAGUGAUACCAACAAAUUUUUGUGUACAGGGCAAUGACAUAGCUAGCACUAUAGCACCAGCCCUGAGAAUAAUGAUAAUAAAGAAAUUAUGUUGUGACUUAAGUUUUCCACCAUUGUCAAUCUAUGACAUGAAUUUUCCAUGAUAAAUUACAAUAAUACAAUAGACUCUUGACAAUCCGACAUGUAUGAGACCAACCAACCCUGUCGAAUUAUAUAAGAUUGUGGAUUACCGAAGGUAUUAUUAAACUGUUAAAUAAUAUUUUUUUUAGAAUAAAACAAGGUAAAAACUGUUUAAUUAGGUUAUAAAACAACAAACUAUAUUUUUAGUGAUAGUUGGUCAUUCAAUCUUUUGAAUGCUUUUUCAAAUGAUAUUUUCCAUGCAUGUUUUGAAUAAUCACCCAGUUUUCAGCCUCAGUUAAAGUUAACAUGCCUUUUAGUGUACUGAUGCACCAUUUUGAAUACUGGACUCAGGUUACACAAUCAGUGCACUACAGCGUAAUCAAAGUGAAAACUAACCAAACAACAAAAACCGUAUUAUUUACGAAACAGGCCCCUUGGUGUCAAUGUAAUAGAUAGCUUCUACGUAUGUCCAUAUAUUUCCAAUCGUUUUGGUUAGAUAGCCUUCUCAUCUUCCCUUCUUUCUAAUAUUUAAAACAUUUUUCCAGCAUUUCCGUUUAUAUUUUUUUAUUUUGUAAAAACCUGCUGAUCGUUAAAAGGGUUCUGUCUAUUGGUCAGGAACUCUAUGAAUCAUUUGAAUUUAACUAUCCAACUCUUGUUCUAAUUGUAUUUACUGCUAGACAGUCCUGACUCCCUAUUCUUAUCCAAGUUGAGGUUAUUAUUUUGUCAAUUUAGAUUACAUGAUACUACUAUAAUAGUUCCAUAUUGUCCUGUUAGACAUCUCUCAGUACACCCCAUUACACCAAACAGUUGUCCCUUACAAGUCUGAUGAGGCAGUUACAAUAGACCUGUGCUCUUAUUGCAACCUUACAUUGUGAUGUCUUGUUCAUAUUAUUACAGUCAAUUGAUAUAUAAAAAAGUAUUGCCAGUUAAAAAUAUUAAAUGAAUUUUUUUGAUAAAAAAUAUAAGUUUUUGUAUAUAAGUACAAGCCAUGAGUUGAUUGAAGAAACUAUUGAAUACUUGUGCCCUUCAGUUUGUGAUUAAAUUUCUGAUUACGAUCUUUACAAUCAACAAUGCAGAAAUUUUCACAGUUAAAAACAAACUAAUUAUGAGCUAAGUCUACUGAAAGAAACACAAUUAAUUUUUGCUAUGAUGGGUUUAAAUAGAUGCGUUCAUUUUUAUUUUUACAUUUUUAAAAGGUUUUUUUUUAACUAUUGUCCAGCAGAAGGCUGUAUGAGGGUAAUCCGAUUCUACUAUUUAUUAUCUUUUUGCAUGCAUUUAAUUUCUUUAUUUAGCUCAUGGUCAGUACUAAAUGUAAUCAGUUUAGAAACCCUAAGGGUUGGAUUUUUCAGUUUUGAUUGAUUUCAGUCAAAACAUUCAUUCACAUUUAGAGAUAACAAUGGUGACAUUUGUUGUUGUUGUUGUUUUUACCUGUUACUUCUUUCUAAUUUUGUCUGAAAACUGUUUUGUACAAAAUGAAUUACAACUUAUUUAUUAAAGGAAAGUUUAGAGUGAGAAAUAAUAGUUUAAAGUGUUUGUGAACACUUCACAUGAAACAGAUCCUGUUCCAGAAUAUAUGUUUAAAUGGCAGUUCCAGACUUAAUAACAAAACUGCCUGUUGGAUUUAAGUGUAAAAUUUUUAAUUUGUUUUAUUGUAAAUGAAGUGUUGCAACAUAUUAUAUAGAGAAGAAGCAUUUAGUAAUCGUCAAAAUUUAUUCAAGUUUUUUGUUUUUUUAAGUGCAUGUUAGUUUGAGUAUACUUUAGUUUUAAUGACAAUAAUUUUAGACACUACUUUUGUUAUAACUGAGCCUUGUAUUUAUAUACUUGUACAGAAAAUGUGAGUUGAGCGUUUAAAUCUCAACUGAAAAUCAAACCUUUUUACUUGUGCAAUAAACUAGAACUGGUUGUUGCUAUACUUAGUGUUACAAGCAGUGUCCUCAGAAUAAUGUAAUGGCUGGUGUGACUGCCACCUUGUCCAGUUAACCCUAUCACAAUCUACCAAGAGCAACAAUCUACUGCAGCAAAAACCGUUCACUAAGUCAAUAUUUUUGACAAGUCUCACCAUUACACACUUUUUAAGUUACUAUGAUUUAAUUCCAUACAAUUUUAAUUGCGUGUAUGGUAUCAUUUAAUUGAACUUUGAUAUCUACUUGGAAAAAAGAUUCUCAGUUUGUUUCUUCUUUAAUAAAUUUAAAUAAUCUAUUCCAAAUUGAGCUUUUAUAACCACGUUAAAACCCUUAGGGUUUCUACUGAAUUGUCAAAAUCAGUUCUAGAUACAUUUAAAUGUCAAUUUGGAAAAUGUGUGACAAAUUAGAAUUGAUUCAAUAACAAUAAAAUUUCAAGUUAAUAUGUUUUUGAAAAAGUAAAAUCUAUUGAGGAUCACUAAUUUUUAAAAAGAUUAGUAUUAUUUGUAGGAAUAUGCAUAUUAAAAUUAUGUAAUUUUUAAGAUUAAAAUGGAAUAAUCUCAAUUUCAUCAUUAAUUAUUAGAAAUAUAUUAUUAUGCUGGAAAGUGAAAAAAAUCAGCCAAUUAACA